AUGUCAGCACAGGAUUUAUCAAAGUUGGGACUGGACACAGCACACUCAGUGCUCGCGAAACUUCCCCCAUCUGUACAGCGAGCACUGUUGAACUCGUACGUUCAAAAAGCUCUGGGGGUAUUGGUAGCGCUGCGACUCGUUAAAGGCUUGAACAGCUAUCUUUCAAAGCGAGCACAGAACAACGGGCAGAGUAUCAGCAAAUGGAGUCCACAGAAGGAGCUGGUCGUCGUCACUGGAGGAUGCAGCGGCAUUGGAAAACAAAUAAUGGAGGAUCUAUCUCGAAUGAACGUCAAAACAAUCAUUCUGGAUCUGAACGAACCAAACUUCUCGCUACCUCCAAAUGUGUUCUUUUAUGCCGCCGAUGUCACAUCCCGCGCAGUCGUGAAAGAUGUGGCAGGGCAAAUCAGAAAAGACCACGGCCAUCCUACCAUCCUGGUCAACAAUGCAGGUGUCGGAUUUCCAGGAACCAUAUUAGACGAGCCGGAUGAAAGAAUCCGCUUGACGAUGGAAGUCAACACUUUAUCGCACUUCUGGACCGUCAAGGAGUUCUUGCCAAGCAUGAUCCAACGGAAUCAUGGUCACAUCAUCACGUUGGCUAGUAUGGCCAGUUUUGUCAGCUUUGGAGAGACAGUGGACUAUACAUGCUCCAAAGCGUCGGCUCUGGCAUUUCAUGAGGGCCUGACUCAGGAGAUAAGGCACUGGUACGGCUCGAAGAAGGUCAUGUCCUCGAGUGUCAUCCAUCCAUUGUGGGUCCGUACUCCGAUGAUUGAUGCCAUUCUGAAGGCCGGAAAACAUUGGACCCAACCGGUCAUGGGUCCUGAGGAAGUUUCAUCUGCUGUUAUCGAACAACUUGUCUCAGGAAACGGAGGGCAAGUCGUGGUGCCCAGCUCUUAUGGUCUAGCAUCUUUGGUGAGGGGUUUACCGAACUGGCUCCAAGAAAGAGUGCGCGAUAAUGCCUCUAAGGAUUUUGUCAAGCUUCGGCAACUUGAGAAGGAAAUUGGCCUAUGA